AUGAAAGAGAAGCGGUCGCUUCCGCCUCCUGGCGAAUAUACCAACCCAGGCACUGUCACCACGAAGGCCGAGAGUCAAAGCAUGGAACCGAAAACUCUCAAGUCAAUGAUAAGUGAAUUCAUCCUACUUCUUACUCACGGAAGAAAGCAAAAGCGCGUGCAGUCAACCCAAUCCUGCCCAUUUACCAGUCUCCCCACCGAGAUCGUGCUCCAGAUAUUCGACCAACUGCCACUCUCGACACAAGCCUCCCUCGCACUCACCUGCAAGGUCAUCUAUGAAGAUGUGGGCUACAUUCUGAAAGAUGAUCGGCUGUCCUGGCCCAAUGUGUUGAACUGCAAAAUCUGGCCGGUUCCUCUGAAUCUAACCCAGCUUCAGCGAAAUCACCUCCUCGCCCACAUCGAAGACGACAAGUGGUUAUACUGCUCGAGAUGUACGAAGCUUCAUCCGCGAGAUUGGUUCAAAAAGAUCGAUCCCGGUGACGAUCCCUCUCAACGCCGCUGCAUUCAUAGGAAGGUCGAUCUCAAGCAAUGGUUACGCACCGGGAACUCCGAUGGAUUACCUGAGAAGAUUCGCGGGGCCUUCACGCCCGUAACUGCCAACAAGACGCUUUCUCUUAUACACUGCUGCCCGAGACUCGACCGUGGUUGUUUCUUUCUGGACCUUACAAUUACAUUGGUCAUGGGGCUAUUUGGCCCACUGGAGCUGCAGUAUAGGUACGAUGUGCACUUGGUUGCAGAACAGGGGUAUUUUGAUGAAGAGACGAUGUUUUUAUAUCAAAUCUUUUCUGUCUUGCGUCGAAUAGACCCUAUUCCAUUCUGCCCGCACGUUGACGUCCAGCGCUUUAUACUCAGUCAGAGGCCGUACACGAAGGAGAAAUGCAGUCCUUGCUCCGCAGUUUUAAAGAUCAUGGUACCGAGAGAUGGAGAGACGAACUUUGUCAUUCAGGGUGUGCGGAGCCUAGGCAAGAUGACGAAAGAAAUAACUUCUGAAUGGUGUAGCACCUCCCGCAAGGAUGCCGAGGAACAAUUUCGGUGGCUCUAG